AUGAUGUUCUCUUCCAACCCUUUAGCUCUCAGCGUUCCGGAACCCGCCUUCGAGUCGUGGCUCCGCGACACCGGUUACCUCGAAAUCCUCGACCACCGUACCUCCUCCUCCUCUGCCGCCUCCCCCUCCACCUCCUCCGCCGCCGGAAGUCUCUUCUCCCGCCUCCUCACCUUCCUCUCCAUCUUCACUCUCAAUCCCUUCGCCAAGCUCGCCGCCGAUGACUUCGCCGCCGACACACCAUCCUGGUCCCGUUCCUUCUUCGGUUUCUCUAACUCCUACUCCUUCCCUUCCUCCCCCUCCCAGGCGCGCCUCAGGGUUCAGGAAAACGUCAAGCGCUAUGCCCGCAACUACGCGUAUCUCUUCAUCCUUUUCUUUGCCUGCACUCUGUAUAAGAUGCCGGUUGCUCUUGUUGGGUUGAUAUUGUGUUUGGCAUUGUGGGAUUUCUUCAAAUUUUGUAGCCACAGAUGGGGAUUGGAGCAGUAUCCCUUAACUCGCCAGUGUUUGAUUCGUGUUGCCCAAUGUGUAACUGCAGUUAUUCUGAUAUUUUCCAAUGUUCAAAUGGCUCUCUUUUGUGCCAUAUGUGUCAGCUAUGCAGGCGUGAUACUUCAUGCUGCAUUUCGCAAAUUGACCCCUGUAAAGCAACCUUCAGUGAGAAGUAGGUAG